AUGAGUGUCGUUCGGUCCUCUGAGUGCCUCUUUUGCCUCUUCUCACGAUCCUCCCGCCCAAAAGCCUUUCCUCGCCGCCAAUUUCAUUCCUCCCCUGUCCACCCAAAGCGAAAACCCCGGUUCCCCAGCGUGAAAGCAGAUCUUAGCCAGGUCGACCUCAACUCACAAGCCAAAGAGUUUCCUUCAGUCCAGAAUGGCACGAUCGCUGAGCGGUACUCUCCGGAGCAGCGUGCGGCCAUCGAGGCAGCUCAGAAACUCAUCGAUCUCGACCAGAUGCAGAAGCAGACGGGCAUGCGGACAGAUCCCUGGAAGCUGAAAUACUACGACGAAUUGACCAAGAUCGAUCCGGUGGUAGAUAAGCCAGUGCGGGCACCCAUGACCAAUAUCGACGACAAGUCUAGGUUAAAGACGGAUGAAGAGCUGGAAGAUGAUUUUGUUAAGUUUAUCAACGAGAUACCCGAGCCCAAGCACGAAAACGACUAUGACCAGGAGCUAUGGGACAAAUUUGACAAGAAUCUACGCAUGACGGUCGGACGCGAAGAGGCCGAGAGGAAUCCUCCGACGGCGCUCGCUCCUGACUUGCCGCGGAUAUCGGAACCCGCCAAAUCGCAGAAAAAGAAAUCCAGAGGAGACGAGGAGGGAACGGGCAGCAAGGGGAGAGUCGUCUCGCCCGCUCUCUUGCAGUUGAUGCAGAUGACUGGAUACAGCGAGAAACAGAUAGCGCAACUUCGGGUCAAGACCCUCGUCCAACACCGCGUUGUCAACCAGACGAGACUGGGCAAGAUCUCAAAGAUGUACUAUUUAAGCAUCGCCGGAAAUGGUCAGGGUCUCAUCGGUAUAGGAGAAGGAAAAUCGCAGGAAGGCUCUGCAGCCAUAUUUCAGAGCCAGUACCGAGCCAUUCGGAAUAUGGCCCCCAUCCUGCGGUACGAAAAUCGAACCAUCUAUGGUGAUCUGAAAGCCAAGGUCAGCGCUACGGAGCUGGAAUUAUACGCAAGACCACCAGGCUUCGGACUCCGUUGUCAACAGUACAUCUGGGAGAUCUGCAGAUGUGCAGGGAUCCACGACUUGGCAGCGCGUGUGACACGAUCGAGAAAUCCUAUGAACACGGUCAAGGCUGCGGUGCAGGCUCUGUUGAGCCAGAAGCACCCAGAAGAUAUCGCGAGAGCCCGAGGGAAAAAGCUGGUUGAUGUUCGCAAAGUGUAUUAUGCAGGACAAACGUAG